AUGGGUUCAAUGUUUAGAGAUUUGAUGGAAGGUGAUUGUGGGGCACCUAAUGCUGUUGGUUCGUUUGUUCAGCAAUUCACUACUGACAAGACAGGAUUGUAUCACGAUAAAUGGGAAGCUAAUGGACUAGAGAAUCAACUUCGAAACCUACAUUUAGAUAAUCAUCAACAUGACUUUAAUCAAAAUCACUUUGAUCAGAUAUUCGAUGAGACUGAAGACUUUAACGGAAUGAUAGAUAAAAAUAUAAUGAGAGAUCAUCCCCAACAUAUGUUACAUCAACAGGGAGUUGAACACAAACACCCUUUUGGUCAAGGAGAACUACAACAAUUCUUUAAAGACUUUUUAUUAUCAUCUCAAAAUCAUCAUUUAUUACCACCAAUUCCAUUGGGAGACCUUGGAUUGAGUGUAGGAGAUAAGACAAAGAUCAAAAAUAGAAGUGAAGUAAUGUUUAGACAUUUAAAUGAACACAAGGACCAAAAUUUUGAAUUUGAUCAACUCAACCGAUUGUUUGAUGCAUUGGGCAUAUUUGAAAGCGAAAUCAUCAAUGCUCCACCCACCGGAGAGAUGGACAAUGGAGAUUGGUUAGAUGAAUAUUCAAGAUUCGAUGGACCACACCAAACAAGUACAACAUCCACAUUUCAACGUUUCCACCAAGACGAACCAUGGGAACACGAACAACUUGGAAUUCCAAAGGAUUUGGUCGAUGAAGAUGAAGAAAAUUAUGGCGAUGCAUGGGAUAAUGCCGCCUAUGAACAAGAAUAUGACGACGCAUGGGACGAGGAAGAGGAUUUCAACCCAUUUGAGCAAGCAUGGCGUGAUGGUGAUGACGUUGAUGCUGCAUGGGACGAAACAGCAAGACAAAAAUUAUCAGACAUUACAGAAUCAAUCACUAGAAUCAAUGACCCAAAGCUCAAGAAUUCAAAUUUUAUGAAAUUAAUGAAACAACUAAACACUGGAGAAGCUUCGAUCGUUGGAAACCAAGUCGUUCACAAUGAAACAUCAGAGGAUGUAUAUGACGAUGAAUAUGACAUGGUUCAUGAUUAUCAAGCGUUCAAUGAAACUGUAGACCAAGAUAGACUUAGAGAGUAUCAAUUCCUUGGUGACGAUGAAAACUUUUUACUCAACCAAAAUGACACCGAUGGAAUGAACAAUGAAAUCAUCGAUUUGGAAGCACAAGUCAAAAAUAAUCCUCAAAACUCUCAAGCCUGGAUGAAACUUGGUAUUGCUCACGCUGAAAACGACAAGGACCAACAAGCUAUUCAAUGUUUAUUAAAAGCAAUCCAAGUUGAUAAUAAUAAUUUAACUGCUAGAAUUGCAUUGGCAGUAAGUUAUACAAAUGAUUCAAAGAGAGAAAAAGCGUUAUCAACUUUGGAGGAAUGGUUAAAGUCACAUCCAGGUUAUUCGCACAUUCAACCAAGUAAUGUUGAACACGUCGAUCAAGAUUUUAUGGACACUUGGAGAAAACACAGCAUGAUUAGUGAAAUGUUUUUAGAGGCAGCAAGAUUACGCCCAAACAGUCCCGAUCACGAGGUCCAAACAGCACUCGGACUAUUGUAUAAUAUGUCGUACGAGUAUGACAAGGCGGUUGAUUGUUUUCAAGCCGCGCUUCAAUCCAACCCAAGAGAUUAUCAAUUGUGGAAUAAGCUUGGAGCUACCUUGGCCAAUAGCAACAGAAGUCAAGAGGCCCUUGGUGCUUAUUUCCACGCACUCGAAGAGAAACCAAGCUAUGUUCGUGCAAGAUCUAAUCUUGGUAUCAGUUAUCUCUCUCUCAACAUGUACAAUGAGGCUGCAACGACAUUUUUAGGUGCAUUGGCAAUUCAUCCCGAAGCUGUACACAUUUGGGACAAUUUAACAAUGUAUCAAUGGUAA